AUGGGUUUUGAAUAUAGGAAUGAUAAGAAUUGUUGUGUUAUUAAAGAUGAUUUUGGUGUAGAGUAUUGGUAUAUAGGUGGAUUAAGCAUGAAUGAUGUAGUAUGUAAUGAUAAUAGUUAG